AUGCAGUCCGACACAUGCAUCUACCGGCACGAUGCUGUCACAUUGAUGCCGGCGCUCGUAUCUCAAUUGCCGUAUAGUUUGACUUUGCUACGACGAAUUCAACAUGGUAUCGCUUUUCCUUUCGAAACCGCCCAAUUACUGGCGACCUUCCCGCCCGGUUCGACCCCUGACCCUGAGAAACCGUGGCUGGCUGCGCGAGUGGAUCUCUUUCGUGGCCGCGAGACCCAGAUGCUCAUUUACUCCAGCCUCGAAGCGGAGCACACGUCAAUUCAGCCGAUCGACGCUGUCAGCGAUAGUGCGACCGCCGCAAAGAUAUUAAAGGUGGAACGCGACUCGCUUCCACAAUCUACUAAUAGUAACAAGGGUCAUGACAAUGCAAAUUCCAAUCCUAUUGUGUUCUCUUUAUCCGCUAGCCAGGAUACGCUAGAUUUGGGCCGCGCGCAAAUCUUGGCUUUGCUGUCAUAUGUCAAAACCCACUUGCUGCCAUCGUACCUGUCAUCUUUGGAAAAGUCAGCUCAAGCCACAUCUACGGCUGGAACUCAGAUCUCCUCGGCCUCUGUUUCCAACACAAUCCCCAUUGUCAAUAAUGGCGUGCCCCUGAUCCCCGCGCCUGAUCCCCGGGCUUUCCUCAUUGGCAGUCUGCACACUGGUCUCUAUAUGCUUCUGCAGCGAUCAGGAACCUACACAUCGUCGGAUCCCAUCUCCAAUAUUCGUGUCCAUCGCUUCGAUGAUCCACCUUACUUCAAGUACUAUUUCCGAAGAUCUGACUUCGGCGCCGAAGAAGAGUCUGGAAGGUCUGCUGAUCAUGGAUCUGCCGAUCUGCCUCUCCCGGUCGGGUAUAGGUUCCGUGAUCGCGAAGGCAGAGAGGGCGUUCAGUCUAGGCAUUUAGAUCUUGUGCAAAGUCGCACCCAUAUCCCGCGGUCCAGGAAUCAGCUUUCUACGAUGCCUGGUGUGGCGGUCUAUCGGGAUUCCGAACCUGCUGACCAGGAUGCUGAAGAACAGCCUAUCGCUUGGGGCUUCUUGGGUAUGGACGGUGCGCUAUCGACAUUACAUGUUGAACCGGAACAUCGGGGCUGUGGACUUGCAGUUCCGUUAUCGAAGGCGAUCAUGUGUCGUGGAUUAGCGCCCGAUGGUGUGUUCGGGGGCAGCAGCUUUGAAUUCGAGGAUAGUCAAACUCAAGAUCGUGUUGGGGCUUGGGCGCACACGGAAGUGUCUGGGGUCAACAGGGCCAGUCGCAGGGUCAUGGAAAAGAUUGGAGGACAGAUUUUGACAACUGUUGCCUGGACUGUUAUUGAGUUGUGUGAUUGA